AUGACGUCAACACCCAUACAACCGAAGACGCGUCUUCGCACAGAUGAGAAUAUCUCAUCGUCGAAAAGAGCACGGUUAUCGCCUCCUAAGAAUGCUUCAGGAUCUAAGCAUGUAUCAGUGAAAGAAGAAAAGGCAAUGAUGGAUGACUUGAUGGCAGGUCUAGAUGCCUCCAUGUUCGAAGGGAUAGGUUCAUCACCUCUUAGACCGAAAUCGAAUCGAACAUCCCAGGCUUCACCCUCUCGACACCAAAAGCGAAGGUUGCCACAUGUAGAAGUGAAACUUGAACCUUUAUCGCCAGUCAAGAAGGUAAACCGCUCUCCAACGAAACGAAGAAUAUCUUGGUCACCUAUCAAACCCAAAUCUGCAUUCACCACUACUUUUAUCAAAGAAGAGCCGAAGUCAUCACCUAGAGAGAAGAUUGAAAGAGAAGCUCAAGUGAAAGUGGAGAAUGCGCUGAAAAGGAAAAUCGAACUUGAAGACAAAGACACGCAUUCAAAGGAGGAGCCUAGUUUGCAACUAUCCGACGAGGAUCUUUAUGAAUUUGAUUUUGAUCUGAACGAUCUAUCAGCUUUCGAGGAAGAUCUGCUAGAAUCUCCCAAGCGGGUCGUCAAAUACCCUAUUCCUAAUCCUGCUCGACCGCCACCUCCACCCGGAUAUGUCUCGACGCCAUGGGCAAGGUUCGUAGUUCUUGCUGUGUCCGCAGGUCUAAGAUUCACCGAUGGCGUCAUACCUUCAAUGGACACCGUCGAAGAUGGCACGGGUGGCGGAACAUCUUUUGGCAAAACGUUGAUCGUGAUUUCUACGGACAACGAGAUGAAACGGGUUGUACACCUUAAAGAUCAGUGGUCUAAUUUGCACAUAAAGAAAAACGAUAUCAUCAACAUCAUAUCUCCUAUCCUUACCAAUCCUAGUUCAACCACACCCAUACUUCUCACCCAAAAAGACCCUGCUACCUUUUUGAUACACCAUCCGGACUUGAUGCUCACUAUGACCUCGAUUGCUAAUGCAAUGCCUUGCCCGCGAAAACCAAUUUUGCAAACCCUCAUCAAAGCCUCCGGACCGCCAACAAAGCCGGUAUUAUACGGAAACUUACUACAUGGUCUCCUGCAAGGAGCGUUGGUGGAACAAUCCUUCGACGCAGAUAGCACGUUCAGUAGGCUGGACGGCGAGUUGAAAAAGGAGGAACGAAGAAUGGAGAUUUGGAGCACAGGGAUGGGAACGAUGGAUAUUCGAGAAGAAGUUGGUAUGAGAGCUGGAAGGGGAUUCGAGGUGUUUGGCCAAAAAUGGGUGGGCGAGAAUCCUAAAAGUGAAGGAGAAUUGCACACCUCGCCAGGCGACAAUCCCAGCUUGUUAGCGAUUAAUGGUCUUCAUGAGGUAGAAGAAGAUAUUUGGUCUCCUAAAUGGGGUCUGAAGGGAAAAGUUGACGCUUCCGUUCAAGCCAAGAUCAUCCGUGAUUCUUCGAAACUCAAUGAAUCGGAAGAAUACGUCGCUCCCCUGGAAAUAAAAACUGGUCGGUCAGUAGGUGUGAUGGCCCAUAGAGCUCAAACUAUGUUAUACACUUUGUUAAUGGAAGAUAGAUAUGGCGUACCUGUACCUGCUGGAUUGUUGUAUUACUCUCAACUCGACUCUAUCCUUCGCGUCGAAGCUAAACAAAACGAAAUUCGAGCGUUGAUCGUCGCAAGAAACGAAUUAGCAGAUUGGCUUUCCAAGAAACGUCGUCUGCCUAAGCCUCCUUCUGCAGCCGAAAUAGAGCAGAAAGUAGAAGACGUUGAGGAAGCUUUCUUACCUUCUACAAUCGAUCAUGUCAAAGAAUGUCGAAGCUGUUAUGCAGUUGAUAGCUGUAUGUUAUAUCGAAAGGCCAUUGAAGGAGUACAUUCUAAUCCCGAAGACCCCAUUGCGGAAUUGUAUGAUGAGAAAACAGGUCACAUGACCAAGAAAGACGCCGAAUUCUUCAAGAAGUGGGAUACGCUCUUGACAGUGGAGGAACAGGACAUAGGAAGGCAUAGGAGUCAGCUGUGGACGAUGACAGCUAAAGUGAGGGAGAAGACUGGAAGGUGCUUCAGCGAUAUGGUCAUCUCAUCCUAUUCUAAUGAUCUUGGAAAAUCACUCGCAAAGAUCCAUCGACAUGCCUACACAUUCGUCCGAGCUCCACACGCCGGUACUCAAGUGUCGGGUAUAUCUCUUUUAUCAGGACAUAUCGCAAAAGGCGACCCUGUUUCACUGUCCAUCGAACCUGAUCUGCUGUGUCUGUCGAGAGGAUUCGUGCUUGACUUGACUGCAGACAGCGUGACUAUCGGUGUCACUUAUGUUAUCGACGUCGAAGCGUUACUGAAACGUACUGGUCGAUCUCAUGCUCUGUCAGAGGGAGACGGUAAAGUCGUCUUCAGGAUCGACAAAGAUGAGAUGGCAAGUGGGAUGAUGAGGAUGAGAAACAAUCUCGCUUCCUUGUUCUACGCCAAAAAUGGAGAUGGAUCAAGACGGCGCUUGAUAGUAGAUCUAGAUACACCCGAAUUCGAACCUUCCUGGGCACCUUUAUCUGAAGAGAUACCAAACCACCUUAAUGUGGAUCAGCAAACCUCAAUGAAGCAAGUAAUGACCGCAAGAGAUUACUCAUUGAUACUAGGAAUGCCAGGAACAGGUAAAACUACUACUAUAGCUGAAAUCAUCAAAUCCUUAGUAGAAAGAGGCAAAAGUGUCUUAUUAACUAGUUAUACACAUUCAGCUGUGGAUACUAUCUUGAUGAAAUUGGUUAAUGCUGAAUUUGGUAUUUUGAGACUGGGUAAUAUCGAUAAAGUCCAUCCGGAUGUACAGCAUCUAACACUCGAAGCCAUGGAGACUUCAACUAAUAUGGAACAGCUUGAAAAACGAUUGAUGGAUCCUCCUGUUGUCGCUGCCACUUGUCUAGCCAUUGACCAUCCACUGUUCUUCAAGAGGAGGUUCGAUUACUGUAUCGUUGAUGAAGCUUCACAAAUCACUUUGCCGACAUGCCUAGGUCCACUAAGAAUGGCGGACAAGUUUGUGCUAGUCGGUGACCAUUUCCAAUUACCACCUAUCGUCCGGCAUCCAGAAGCUCGCAGAGGUGGAUUAGACGUGUCACUCUUCAAAUUACUUUCAUCAGCUCAUCCUCAAGCAGUAAGCGAUCUUAGUAUGCAAUACCGAAUGAACGAAGAUAUCAUGUUACUUUCAAAUCGACUCGUAUAUGAAGGUAAAUUGAAAUGCGGUAAUGAGCAAGUUGCCAACAGCGGUCUCAUACUCAAGUCUCGCCAAAAGUGCAGCAACACGUUCGAGACCAGCAAUAAUUGUCACCAAACAGGAAAAGAGGAAUGUUGGAUACAACAGCUUCUUGAGGAAAGCGCGAAAUGUAUGUUUAUCGACACCGAUAUGCUGCCAGCUUCGGAUUUUAGAGUUGGAGAUCUGGUUCAGAACGAGGUUGAAGCAAAGUUGGUCCAACAGCUUGCUAUAGCUUUAACGGCCUCCGGACUACAUCAAGAGGAUUUAGCUAUAAUCACACCGUACAGACAACAGAUUAAACUUCUCGCAUCACUGCUUAAACCUUCUUUACCUAGAGUGGAGAUCCUAACAGCCGACAAAUCUCAAGGAAGGGACAAGGAUUGUAUUUUGAUCUCUUUGGUCAGAUCGAACGAGAAUGGAAAUAUCGGUGACUUACUUAAAGACUGGAGACGAAUAAACGUAUCUUUCACAAGAGCCAAGAAGAAAUUGAUCAUUUUCGGUUCUGCGAAGACACUAGCUCAAGAUCCCUUAUUGAAUGAUUUCCUGAAGCUGAUGGAAGGAAAAGGGUGGAUAAAGACACUGAGGAAAGGUGAUGCAGAUAUUCAUCGAGUCAAAGAUGGCAUCCCGCUUCAGAUUCAAAACCUAGGUGUAAAGGCCAAAGAGGAUGAAGAAGAAGCAGAGCAGCAAGGCUUGAAAAAGAAUGGCAAAAAAGCAAAAAUUAUUCGAGGGAAUAGUGCAAUAUUGGUUAAAGGUGCUUUUGGAUCAGAAAUCUUGAAAAUGGAAUAA